GAUGAUACAUUGUGCAUAUAGCAAAAAAAAAGUGACAGCGAAAUUAUAAACAAAAUAUCUUCAUUCGUCCCUUAUCAUUAGCGAGAAUGGAAGAAUGGGAAAUGUGUCGGAUGUGUCUAAAAAGCAAUGCAGAAGGAAAGAAAUCCGUUCAGGAUGUUACCUACAACAGCGCUUCAUUAAGCAGUAUUUACUAUGAUCUAGUAGGGAUCAGCUUUACUGACUAUCCGGAACUUACAAGUAAGAUUUGUACGGUUUGCGAAGAGGAAAUGAUUGGAGCUUACAAGUUCCGCUUGAGAUGUCUGGAAACUGAGGACAAGAUCAAAAAAAUGGUGGAUGGUACAGAAGUGUCCACUAUUGAAUUUAUAUCAACAUCACAGAUUACUGAGUCUCCUGAAAAGGAGGAGCACUUUGAGAUUGAAAUCCAGGCAAAGGCUAAUCAGUCUGAUGAGAAUGUAAUUUGUACAAAAACAUUUACAAGGAGAGAUUUGGAAAAGAAGAAAAUGAAAUGUCGGAAAUGUGGAAAUGUCUACCUUGGUCUUCAUAUGUUCAAGAAUCAUUCCUGUUUCAACCGACGAAGUCAUUGUCGUGAAAACUGUUUUAUGGAAGCACCCAAAAAAGUUCACAAAUGCGAAGAAUGCGAUCAGAGUUUUUUGUCAAGAAAUAGUUACAAUGCCCACAUGGAUAGGCACAAUAAUGUUAAACGAUAUUCUUGUCAAUAUUGCGAUGAAAAAUUCACGGAAUGGCUCACAAGGCGAACGCAUAUCUAUAAGGUUCAUCUUAAAAAAAGCUUCUGCGAAUGCCCAUAUUGUGGCAAGGGCUUCAGCAAAAAAUACUACAUGAAUGAUCACAUAAAUGAGGCUCAUGUCCAGGAAACGUCGUAUCAAUGUGAUAUUUGUGGAAAUGUCUUCUGGAGUCGUAAAGCUAUGAAAAAACACGCUAUGCAGCAUAUGAAAAAGGAACAAUGUAAUAUCUGCGAAAAAUGGCUGAAAAACCGAAAAUCUCUAAUGGAUCAUAUGAAAUUGCAUCAAUUUGGAAAUAAAUAAACUUGCAAAAGAUAA